CAGUGACAGGGUUAAUCAUACCCAUAUGGUGUACCAAGAGGUUUGGUCCAAUGCUGCUGUGGGCCAACAGGAGAGGGAAGGCUGGGUGGGGGCAGAACAGAAGGGAGAGGACAGCAGGGCAGACACUCUCCCAACACCUGCACCUGGUCACUUGAUUCACACUCCAACAACUCCCCUUUAAAGGAUCAAUGGAGCGACCUCUCCUUCACAUCACCGUGAUGGUUGCAGCCAUCCAGGCUUAAACUUUUUUUGGAAAGAGAGGACCAAGGGAUCAGCUGGGGAAUUUGCAAACCUAUCGGAUUGUUUUAUGCCUGCGCAGCGCUGCUGACAGAAGAUUUUCCAAUCCGGCUCCGAGUGCUCCAAACAGGGGGAAUGCAGCGGUAACAUCCCGCAAGUUUUUGGAUCUCAGAGGCGUCACCGACAAAAGCCAGAAAGCAAAAAAUAAAGAUUUAGAUCUCUGCGGGCUACCUGCAUGACUGUUACCAUGACAGCAUCUGGAGCCCAACUCCUCCUGUUGGCCUUAUGUGUUUACAGAGGCUCGGGCCUGCAGCAGUCUGCUCCGCGGGUUCGCCUCUCCUUCAAAGAGCUGAUGGACACCAGGGCAGCGCGACCCUUCAGUUUCUCCUUCAACACCAGCGACUACCGCAUCCUCCUGAUGGAUCAGGACCAGGGCCGCCUGUACCUGGGCAGCCGGGAGUACCUGGUGGCUCUGGACAUGCACAACGUCAACAAGGAGCCUCUCAUAAUCCACUGGCCAGCGUCUGCUAAGAGAAAGGGAGAAUGUCAGAUGACAGGAAAGGGAAGACAGGGUGAAUGUGCCAACUUUGUGCGUCUGAUAGAGCCGUGGAACCGCACCCACCUCUACACCUGUGGAACGGGGGCGUACCAGCCUAUCUGCACAUUCAUCAACAGAGGCUGGAGGGCAGAGGACUACCUGUUUAGGCUGGUCCCUGGGUAUGUGGAUUCAGGGAAGGGAAAAUGUUCCUAUGAUCCCAAACAGGAGAGCAUUGCGGUUCUGAUCAAUGGUAACCUGUAUGCAGGGGUCCAUAUCGACUUCAUGAGUACAGAUGCUGCUCUGUUUAGAACCAUGGGAGGGAGAACAGCAAUCAGGACAGAGCAGUAUGACUCCAGGUGGCUCAACGAGCCCGUGUUUGUUCAGAUCCAGCAGAUCCCUGACAGUGCAGAAAGAAACGACGACAAGCUUUACUUCUUUUUCCGCGAGAAGAGUCUAGACUCAAGCGGUGGGGCGAGCCCCAGCGUCUUAGCCAGGGUGGGAAGAGUGUGUCUGAAUGAUGAAGGAGGCCAGAAGUCCCUGGUGAACCGCUGGACGACGUUCCUGAAGGCUCGCCUUAUCUGUUCAGUGAUAGGAGAUGAUGGAGUGGAAACACGAUUUGAUGAACUACGGGAUGUGUUUAUCCAGCCCACACAGGAUGAACGAAACCCUACCGUGUAUGCUCUCUUCACUACAGCAGGCUCUGUGUUCAAAGGCUCAGCGGUCUGCGUGUACUCCAUGGCUGAUAUCCGCAAUGUCUUCAAUGGACCAUUUGCCCACAAACAUGGCCAUAAUUACCAAUGGACAGAGUAUACUGGCAAGAUUCCCUACCCACGGCCUGGGACAUGUCCAGGAGGAACCUUCACUCCUGGUAUCCGUUCCUCCAAGAACUUUUCAGAUGAGGCUGUGAAUUUCAUCCGAGCCCAUCCCCUCAUGAUCCAUCCAGUUUAUCCAAUCCACCGCCGCCCCCUGGUGGUGAGAACUGGGGUGGACUACCGCUUCACUGCCCUGGUAGUGGAUCAGGUGGAUGCUGUGGAUGGACGCUAUGAGGUGCUCUUCCUGGGGACAGAUCGAGGCACCGUCCAAAAAGUUAUAGUGUUGCCGAAGGACCCAACUAGCAUGGAGGAACUGACACUAGAGGAAGUGGAGGUUUUCCGGUCCAGAGCUCCAGUCAAAACUAUGAAGAUAUCCUCCAAAAGACAACAGCUGUACGUGUCAUCAGACGCGGGGCUGACCCAGGUGUCACUGCACCGCUGCGGCGUGUACGGCCGGGCCUGCUCUGAUUGCUGUCUGGCUCGAGACCCCUACUGUGCCUGGGAUGGAGAGAGCUGCUCUGCCUUCACCCCAUCCACCAAGAGGAGGAGCAGAAGACAGGAUGUUAAACACGGCGACCCACUGAGGCAGUGCAGGGGCUUCAAUGCCAAAGUGGAGAAACGUCUGAGAGAAACGGUGCAGUUUGGGGUGGAGGGGAGCAGUACAUUCCUGGAGUGUCAGCCUCGCUCUCCCCAGGCUACUGUCAAGUGGCUGUUCCAGAGGGAAGGAAAGAGGAAAGUGACUCCUGCGGUUUCAUUCCCUUCUCUGCAGCUCAACCGUGUGGCAGGUGUUCUGAAGACCAACCAUGGCAUCCUCCUGAAGUCCCUCAACCAGUCAGACGCGGGGCUCUACCACUGCCUCGCCACUGAGAACAACUUUAAACACACAGUGGCCCGCGUGGCACUGCGCAUCCUGGAUCGAGACAUCGUUUUAGCUCUCACCGCUCAGGAUGAGGAUGAAGAGCCAAAAACUCGCCAAGCGGGACCUUACCCGGAGUCGUCCCUUGUCUCCACGCCCUUCCCGCCCGAGAUUAGACUGAUUAACCAGUACUGCCAGUCCUACUGGGAACAACUCAGCCCCAAACAACAGCAGCAGCACAAACGCACCAGCCGCAGGCACACAGAGGGCCAGGACCAAGGCCUCGGUUAG